AUGGCGUCGGGAUCUAGAAGCCCGCCUUCGGUCUCGUCCUCUUUCCAGCGGGAGAGACCGGUGGUCUCCGGGCUUGGUCUGUCCGGCUCGCCUAGUUCGGCGCGCUCCUCGUCAGCGGGCGCGGCCCAAGCGGUGGAUGGGGCGCCGGUGCCGGAGCCGGGGUGCCGCAGGCCGGGUCCUUCCCGCAAAGCUCGCUGGCGGCGUCGUCGGGCGCUGAGGCGCCAGCAGGGAGCUGGCGGUCAGGGUAGCCGCGCUUCUUCUUGCUCCUCUGAAAGGCGUCAGAUUCCUCUAGAUUUGUUUGGCCUCUGCUUCAGGUGCUUCCAAGAGGGCCACCGGCGUCAGGACUACACUAAUGACCUGCUCUGCAUCCGCUGCGGCUUCUCGGGCCACGUCUCUUCCCAGUGCACGGUGCCGCGCAGUCCAAUCUCGGCUGAGGAGCUGCGUCGGGCCGUGAUUGGCAAGGUGUCUAAAGCUCGUCGGACAGAGCCGGCGCCGGAGGCAGCGACGGCCAUGGGGCGGAUGCUGUUGGAGCCUAGGCAGGACGCGCCCGGGGCGCCGUCCUCGCCAGUUGCACCCGACUUCCCCCCCAUGAUGGCCGUCGACUUGUCCCCGCUAGCACGUGCCGAGGUGUGCAUUGUGCCGCGGUCGGAGGGGAUGGAGGACCUGGAGCGUCGGCUUCAGCUGGCGGUGGUGGUAUAUGUGGGCGGCGCAAGGCCGCCGGUCUCUUGUGUGGACGCUGCCAUCGCCAUCUCCGAGCAGCUCAACAUCCCAAGGCAUCGUUUUUCGGUGCACAAAUUCCAUCCUGAAGACUUCUUGAUUGUCUUUGCGUCGCACGAGCUCAGGAACAGAGUGUUGGGUGUGCCUUUGGUUGAGCAUCAGGGUGUCAAGCUUUACAUCAAGCCUUGGCUGAGAUAG